CAACAAGCUUUGAGUGGAUUUGUGCCUGGUGGAUCUGAUGGUUGCGGUGGAAUUAAAGAAUAAUUGCAAUAUUUUGUAGAAACUGACUACUUUAAUUUCCUAUAUGUCAUGUAUUAUUUGUGAACAAUGAUCAAUCUUGUAACGAAGAGAAUAAUCUCCUUUAAAUUAAUUCGCUUGUAUUGCCAUGUCGCAAAUUAUAAAUCUGCUAACCUGAUCCGAAAGGAAUUUCUAGAUUAUUUUACAAAAAAUCUAAAACAUAGUAUUAUUCGUUCCAGUCCUGUUUCUCCAAUUACUGAUCAAUCACUUGUAUUUACUAAUGCCGGUAUGAAUCAAUUUAAAGGAAUUUUCUUGAAUUAUUACGAACCACCUGCGACAAAAGUUGUGAGUUCGCAAAAAUGUAUUAGAGUCGGUGGGAAACACAAUGAUCUUGAUAUUGUUGGUAAAGAUAGUUAUCAUCAUACAUUCUUUGAAAUGCUUGGCAAUUGGUCCUUUGGAGAUUAUUUUAAGGAAGAUGCUUGUUCGUAUGCUUGGAAUCUUUUAACAAAUGUGUAUGGUAUACCCAAAGAAUAUCUGUAUGUAACAUAUUUUGGUGGUAAUAAGGAUUUGGACAUAGCGCCUGAUCUAGAAUGUAAAGAUAUUUGGUUAAGACUUGGUCUUCCAGAAUACAAAAUUUUACCAUUUGAUGUACGAGAUAAUUUCUGGGAAAUGGGUAUAUCAGGCCCUUGUGGACCCUGUACAGAGAUACAUGUAGAUUAUAUGAAGCGAUCUGUCAAUCAGGCUGCACGAGUAAAUAAAGGAUAUGCAGAUCUUCUGGAAUUAUGGAAUAUAGUUUUUAUACAAUACGAAAGGCUUGCAAACGGAUGUAUAAUACCUUUACCAAAACAUCAUGUUGAUACAGGCAUGGGACUUGAACGAUUAGUUACAUUGCUGCAAGGAAAAAAGUCAAAUUAUGAUACAGAUCUUUUCCAGCCAUUGUUUCAUGCGAUACAAAAGUACUCAAAUGCUCCAAAAUACAAGGGAACAUUUAAUAACGAUGAUACAGGCAAAAUUGACUAUGGUUAUAGAAUCUUAGCAGAUCAUGCAAGAAUGGUUGCUGUUGCGCUGGCUGAUGAUAUGUUACCUGAGCAACACCCAAAGUUACGGAGAGUAUUACGAAAUGCAAUAGAUAUAGGAGAGAAAAUAUUUCGAAAAACUGACAUACUUGCCGAGCUAGUCCGUCAUGUAGCUGAUAAUUUAGGUGAGGCUCAUGAAGAAUUACACAAUAAUCUUAAGCAGGUAGAUAAAAUAAUACAGUUUGAGCAAGACUUGUACAAUAGAUUGCGGAAUACCUCUGGUAAAAGAUGGAAGGAAAUGGUGAAAAUUCGUCCUGAAUUAGCAUCGGUUACUGAUUGGACAGCCUCCGGUUUACUUGAUGGCUAUAAAAAUCUACAGACUGUGUUGAAAGACUUACGUAAAACCAACGUUUUACCUGGAACUGUUGCAUUUAAACUGUAUGAUACGUACGGGCUUAAUUCAGAAACUAUAACAGAGUUGGCGCAAAUCGAGUCAUUACACUUUGAUGAAGUUGACUUUAAAAAUCAACUGGAUAUUCGCAGAUAUCAAUCGAAGAUUGGAUUCAACAAGUAUAAUGCUAUAUUUACUGAAGAUAAUUUGAAGAUACUUGAAGAAAAUCACGUACCUAAAACAGAUGAUUCGUUCAAAUAUAAUUAUAUGCAUAAUGGAAGUAACUAUGAAUUUUCAGCACUCAACAGCAAACUUAUUGGUAUCAUUAUCAAUGGGAAAUUAGUGGCAAGUAUGAACUACUCCCAUACUGCAAAACCUAACGAUGUUAAUAGCAAAACAGCUAUAAAUGUCAGUGAUAUAUUAAAUAGCAAAGAUGAGAUUGGCAUUAUAUUGGACAAAACUGUAUGUUAUUCGAUAGAGGGUGGCCAAGUUUCAGAUCGAGGAAAUAUACACGUCAAGAAUCUACUUUUUAAUAUACACAAUGUCAGGAAAGUAAAUGGCUAUGUGAUUCAUUUCGGACAGUUUGAAGAAACAAAUAUACCAACGUCAGAACUGUAUUUAACAAUGGAAGAUGACUGCUCGGUUAACAUAGAUUCACAGACUCGAAUUGAUAUUAUGAAACAUCAUACAGCAGCCCAUUUGUUGAAUGCAGCCAUAAAAGAAGUUUUGCAUACGGUUUAUCAACGUGCCUGUACAGUUGAUAAAGACAGCCUAAAACUUGAGUUCAAUCCGUUUGGUGAAAAACUUACAUUGGAGCAAGUGAAAACGAUAGAAGAUCGCAUCAAUAAUGUUAUACAGUCUAAUGUUGCAGUGACUGUACAAACAUUAAACUCACUCCAACUGUUAGCACAGGAUGAUAUUACAUUGGUGCCUGGAGAAAUAUAUCCUUACACAAAUAUUAGAAUCGUAGAGAUUAACGCUAAUGAUUUGAAAGCAAAGGAAGCGUGUUGUGGCACGCAUGUACAUAAUACAGGUGUAUUACAACAUUUUUACUUUUUGACGCAUACCUCAAAGGGAGCAACAAACUGCACGGUUAAAGCCGUCGUUGGUCCGAGAACUCUGCGUAUGAAACAAGCUAUUGAAAAAAUACAGCAUAAAAUUACGGAGCUAGAAAAUACUUUGCAAAGUACCGAAUUAACUUACGAAGCAUUUAACGCGAAAAUAAAUCGAAUAAAAGAGAAAAUUAAUGACCGGACUGAACAAAUAUCAUUAUCUUAUCUAUUUAAAAUGGACUGCUUGACACAUCUAAAGAAUUUGAGUGUGAAAAAAUGGCUGCAGGAGAAAGAGAUUGAAAAAGCUUCUGUAACUCGUGAAAUUACUACCGCUACCGAUUCGUCUUAUUUUAUCGUGCAUUGUCUAGAUAAAAAUCCUACAUAUCUGUCGUUGCACGAGGUUGUAUCCCUCUUCUCUGGGACACCAGUGCUGGUUCUGUCGCAUAAUAAUGGAUCUAUGAAAGCACGGUGUUCUGUACCACAGGAAAUAGUCUCUAGUGUAUUUAAUGCACAAACCUGGAUGGAUAUUGUACUUAAAAUUUUUCAUGCAAAAUAUGGACCUAUUAAAGGAUUUGAGCCCAUGCUAGUUGCAUGUAUGAAAUCUAAACAGAUGUCGCGUGAUUUUAUUGAAAUGCAUACGAAAAGAGCGAUUGCAGAGGCUACCAAGUUCGCAUCAGCACAUGUAAAAAGAAAUUAAAUCCAUCAAUAACAAACAUUA